AUGGCCUCGCUAGACCAAUCACGGCAAAAUGCCGUACGUGAAUUCUCCCAACAGCACCCCAAUAUCCCCUACGUCGUGCCGUCGUCGCCCGACUACGCGGCGCUGCGUGCCACCUUUAUCGUGGACAACCCGGCGGUGCCAAUCGCCAUUGCGCGGCCGCAAAACGCCGACGACGUCGCCGCCAUUGUAAAGUUUUGCGUCGCGCGCGACGUGCCGUUUGUCGUGCGCUCGGGCGGGAACAAUCUAUUUGGCAAAUCGCAAGUCGACGGCGCCCUGACGAUUGAUAUGCGCGAUGUCCAGUAUUGUCACGUCGACGAGAGCAAGACCUCUGCCAGGAUCGGUGGUGGAAUCCUCGCCGGUACUCUCGUGCAGAGUCUUUCCCAGGAGGGCGUCGUGACUGCUUCCGGUACUGUUCACUUCAUUGGCUAUGUUGGGUGGUCGACCUAUGGUGGCUACGGUCCAUUUUCGGCCAACUUUGGGUACGGUUUCGAACAGAUUCUCGCUGCCAAGGUGGUCAACUCCACGGGUGAAAUCAUUGAUGCAGAUAGUGACCUGUUGAGAGGCAUUCGAGGUGCUGGUGGUUCCUUUGGUAUCAUUGUGGAGAUGACCAUUAGAGUCCGCCCACUCACAAAGAUCCUCUCUGGCUUCAUGGUAUAUGACACCAGCAAAGUCAUCAACACGGUAGCGACUUACUGCCAAGGUCUUCAAGGUCUACGUGACGACGGAUGGCCAGACCCCCUGUGCGUGGCGCCUCUAUUCUUAUGCACUCCAGACGGUUUGAAACUGCUUUCGCACUUCAUGUGGAGUGAGGAUAAUGAAGCAGCCGGCACAAGCUGGCUAGAGAGAGUCUCGCAAUUAGGUCGAAAUCUACACAACGGCGUCCGUCGGACGACAAUUCUCGAGGCCAUGGGCGAUUUUAACAGGGCGAUCCCACAAGACGGCCGUGGUUCCGUCAACACCGUUAGUCUGCGAAGGUUGACCGACGAGUGCAUUGCCGUCAUUGCCAAGUACGUCGAAUGCAUGCCCCGGUACGUGGGCAACGGCUUCGCCAUUCAUGUCGCACCCAAGCCGGCCCAAGCAAGUGUGCAUGACUCUGUGUUUGCUGUAACCGAGGCACACUAUAUGCUUGAGCUUCUAGCCACGCCACGCUCAGAAGAAGGCUUACACGAGUCUCAGCGUUGGGGGGCAGACUUUGUCAGCGAGCUCUUGAAGACUGGAUCGAGCAAUAUCCUUCCGUCCACGUAUAUCAACCUGACGCCGCCUGGUCGUACUACGUUGCAACAGGUCUAUGGAGAUAACUUCACGUCGGUCAUGGAGCUGAAGGAAAAAUAUGAUCCUCAUGGCGUUUUCAAGCUGGCCACACCUUUCUCAUAUAUCCCACCCGCCGACUCGGUAGAGAAUGCAUGCUGA